GGCGUUGGAAAGGGGGGGAGGGGGUGCACCUUCACUGGACCCAGCGGGAAAUACCGCUUCCCCACCCCCACCCUCACACACCCCUUCUUCGCUCCCUCCAAAUGGUUAUCACAACUGUGUACAAACUGAUACGGUCCUGAGCCGGCAAAGGGACUGGAAAUGAACGUCGCGAGGUUAUCAGCGCGGAUCUGUCAGCAGCGAGGCGCGCGGCCGCAGGUUCGUCCGCCGCAGUAGCGGUGAUCUAUGUCUCGCUCCCUUUCACUCACAAAAAGAUUUCUUCCGACAGACGUGACCCCAGAAGGCCGCGGAGAGAGAAUUUUAACUAGGGCAGGAGGAGUUGCUUUGUGAGGAUGGAUUUUACAAUCCCCCCCCCCCAGUUAGAUUCCACGCUGUGAACGGCCUCCAAGCCUUGAGCCCUUGAGGAGACCUAGCCCCGAACCUGGUUCCUGUUGUGUGUGUUUCUUUAUAUUAGCAAGUAUGAAGGUGUCUGUGUGAAUUUCCUUGGACAAUAGCUAAAGCCCCAGGGACGUGCUUUUCCCGCAGCUCCACAGCAGCUGCGAGCGGUGCGCUGGCCCUGGCACCGCUGGGAAUGAGGUGAGCAGCGGGGCAGACACUGACCACAGCAUGCGGCUUCUAAGGGCUCAAGAGGGGACCCGGCAUUUUACCAUCCAGAUUCCCAAUCUCUCUUUAACACUGCCUAAAACAAGAGUGGGAGGUUGUAAUUUGCUCCUUUCCACAGUCACAAUUUUUUAGAUUGGUUUUCCAACUAAAGGAGAGAAUGGAUAGUACAAUGUUUUUCUUUUCAGUUAACUUAAAAACAAAACUGUUUAACCCGCAGAGUUUCUUCAGACAGAAAGGCAAGGAAGCCUGACCCAUCCAGUUUAUCAUUUUCCCAAUGCACUGGAUUUGGCCCUGGGGAAAACUUCCACUCCCAGAUGGGAGCGGCACAUUUUCAAAGCUACCCCCUAGGGGUUCCCAGGUCCCGUGCUCUGAGUUUCCUUUGAGCACCCCAGCUAGUCCGGGAAGGUGGGGAGAAUAGGGGACGCAGAGAGAAGUGUACCCUUAACCAGGGAGGAACCCAAGAACUGGAGAAGUCCCCCGUAGUUCCCCAGUAAAUAGGCUCUUAAAAGUUCUAUUUUCUUCGUGUUUUUUUUUUCUUUUCCUUCUGCCUGUCUCCUUUGUGGGGGGGGGGGAUUGCUAAUCUUAAACGAAAUUAUUUCUCUCCCGACUAUUUAGACAAAAGGAGUGGCCCCUCCGGAGUGAGCCUUCCGUCCUCGAGCCGCCCUCCUCAUCCUCGAAGAGGUGCUGGCUCUGGGGCGCGACCUGCCCCCAGGGCUGAUUUAUUUGGGGCGCGCCACACUACUAUUCCCGAUUCGAAUCCAGUCAGAAUAGAACAGCCAAUUGGGCAGGGGGGAAGAGUCUUUGUUGCCAAAUGCGAAGGGAUGUUUGGGGACCCGGUCGCGCUCUGCUUCCAGGGGAGCUGCGAGACCCGGGCGAGGACCCGCAUAACGACACGCCUUUACCCCUGCAAACUUAAGCCCCUUACGUUGUCAAUUCCCAAAGCUCCCGGCUGCUCCAGCGACGUUUCAGAAAGAAUACAAUUUCUGACUUAAAGUUUUAAAUUGAGAGUUUUUACAAAGCCAGAUCUCUAGGGCCUUCUCGCCUACACCGGAUUUCUUCCUGUCCCUGGGAAGGCUCUGCCGAAGGACAAGGGUCACCCCGGUGCCCCCCACCCCAGCCAUCCUCCCGGCCCAACAGGCGAGUCGGGGCGGCCUGUCCCCCGACUCAGCGGCUGUCAACCCAAUGCAGUCGCGUCCAGAGAGCCCGGACGGUGUUUGGGCCCACGUGGGGGAGGGCGGGUUGUUUUGUUCUAUUUUUUUUAAUUCUCGAAAGCCCAAAAAUACUCGUUGGAAAUGUCAGGUGGUGGCGGCGGAAGAGCGAAAACUGCGCAGCCUAGAAAACUGGGCCGCCCCCCCCCCCCCCCGGCCCGGCUCCCCGCCCCCUCUUCCCGCCGCCGGUCACUUCGGGUAAGGAACUCGCUGCGCCAACGGCGGGCCCGGGCGGUCGGCAUCAAGUACCGGCGCCCGGCGGCUGCAGGCGGGCCUCCGCCGCCCCCGGCCCCGCAGUCCCGGGCCGCCCCCCGCGCGCCGCCGGCGGCCGCCAGCGCGGCGCGGAGGUGGGCUUGCUGCGGCGGCGCGCGAGAGGUCACCGCGGUGGCAUUCCUCCCCGCGCGCUGUUUACGUGACUUAAUGUACUUCAUACGCCGCGGCUUGUUAUCUAGGCCACCCAUGACCGACGAAAGAUCUUCCCUCCCGGCUUCUCCCAAGGCCGCUUUAAACCAAAUAAAUUUAGCUAUUAAGGGCCAAGAUGUCUGACAAAAGAUCGAAAGGUGUCUAUCCGUGAUCGCUUAAAGAAGCGAAGGAGAAGCUGGUGGUUCUCUGAUCCCGAUAAAGGCAUUCCACACGGCGCCGGUCUCCCUCCCCGCGGCCUGGUUGAGUCCUGACACCCUGAGAUCUCCGCUUCGCUGGCCAGAUCUCCACCGGCCGGGCGAGACCUGCCUCCGUUGCCCUGGGAAUGUGGAGGUCCUCAGGCGACGGGGCCUGGGCGUGCCAGGCCCCGGGGUCCUGGGAGCCGUGGAACUCCAGGCCGGACGGGGCUGGACUACCAAAACAGAACCCCUGCACUUGGCAGAAAAACUAAACCGAGCUCAUUAGGGCCUGAAUUACUAUCCCUUUUAUAUUAUUUUUUGAUGCUUAAUAAUUAAACUCGAGUCAGUCCA